AUGCGCGGCGCACUGAGGUGUAGUGCCACUGCUCGCCAUCCUCGAUUGUUACGGCCAUCGGCGGAUGGCGGUAGAUUUGCGAGGACGCUUCGGACGAGCGCAACACCACAGGGCUUGAGGACAGGCUUAUAUUGCCGACAGACACAACAAGCCCUCACGGUCCAAGGCGCCAACUUAUCGACGUCAUGUUUUAACCGAUCGCGGUCGAUGGCAACAGUAGUCGAUGCUGAACCUAUACACGGCGGAGGUCCAAUUCCAGAGUAUGACAGAAGAGUACAGGCGGGCAAAUUGCGAAACGAUGAACACCAAAGAGGGAUCAUACAGAAUUUCCAAAACUUGUAUCAUGAGUUGGAGAAAUAUGACGCCCCGCCUGUCCAGCACCCCAGCAUCGAAUCCCUCAAGCCCACGAAGAAGUCAAUAUUCUCGUCGCUUUUCGGCGCAGGUGGCAGCAGGUCGGCUACUGGGGAUAUCCCUAACGAUCUUCCGAGGGGCUUGUAUCUCUAUGGUGACGUGGGUUGUGGCAAGACCAUGUUGAUGGAUCUGUUAUACCAAACUCUGCCUCCAUCUGUCAAGUCAAAAAAUCGAAUUCAUUUCAACAACUUCAUGCAAGAUGUACACAAGCGACUUCAUAGAUUCAAAAUGGAGCAUGGAAACGACAUUGAUGGGGUACCAUAUAUCGCGGCCGACAUUGCUCAACAGGCAAAUGUGCUCUGUUUCGACGAAUUCCAGUGCACAGAUGUAGCAGAUGCAAUGAUUUUGAGACGACUCCUUGAAUCUCUCAUGGCAAACGGUGUAGUCCUGGUAACAACUUCCAACAGACACCCUGACGAGCUGUACAAGAACGGUGUCCAGCGGGAGUCAUUCAUCCCCGCCAUCGAACUUCUCAAGAACCGCUUGCAUGUCAUAAAUCUCGAUUCGCCAACCGAUUACCGAAAGAUCCCUCGACCUCCAUCUGGUGUGUACCACACGUCACUCGACAGCCAUGCGCACGCACACGCCGAGAAAUGGUUCCGGUUCCUCGGCGAUCCUGAACAGCCUGAACCUCGACCCGAGACGCAAAAGGUCUGGGGUCGUGAGAUUUAUGUUCCUCGAGUCAGCGGACGAGCGGCAUGGUUCACCUUUGACGAAUUGAUUCGACAACCAAAAUCUGCCGCUGAUUUCAUUGAGCUGGUUCGGGCUUAUGAGGCAUUCAUUGUAACCGAUAUUCCCGCAAUGACUCAUCAGCAGCGAGAUCUCGCGCGUCGCUUCAUCACAUUCAUCGAUGUUGUGUAUGAGGGUAACGCCAAGCUUGUCCUGACUGCAGAAAAACCCCUUUCAGAACUCUUUGUCUCCCGAGAUGAGAUUGCUGAAAGCCUCAUGAAACAGGGGGUGAAGCACGAGCACGCGGAGGAUGCUGCUGCCAAGCAUGAUCUGGUACAUAGUGUUGACAAGCUCAAAGACUCAAAUCUCUUUGCGAGUUCUGAGGAGGCAUUCGCAUUUGCUCGUGCGCUAAGUCGACUACGGCAUAUGGAGAGUAAAGAAUGGGUAGAAAGGGGAAUGGGCCUUGAAGCUCAAGGCGGAAAGUUGGAUAAAGAUAACUGGACCAAGGCGAGAAGUCGUCAGAUGGAAGAUUCUAUGUGA